GUGAAAAUCCCAGAACCCUAAGGAAGGUCCAUGUGCUGCUUUUAAAAGCCACUUCAUGUCUUUUAGCUUAGUUCAAUCACUUCUCACGCAAGACUGCUAUUCGCCCUCAUUAAACGUCAAGUCCGCUCACAAGCCGUCUCAGCUUCAUGCAGCCAUUUCAAUUCAAACUUUCCAACGAUGGCGUCGUGACUGGUGUUCACUUCGUUCCGCCCUUAUCGGCCUCGCGCGUCAGACACCGUCCGCUAGUGGUUGCUCUUCAUGGUGGAUGCUAUGACAGCCGUUACUUCGACGGCAUUCCCAAGUACUCCGCGUCGUUAGCGAGUGAGGCUUUUGGGGUCCCUUUCGUAUCCAUCGAUCGACCGUCCUAUGGGGGCACAAGUUCAAUAUUGCCUGUUCCGGAGGGGUCGGACUUUUACCAGGAAACCGGGACCUGGCUGCAUCGCUAUAUUCUUCCUGCACUCUGGUCCGAGAUUGGCGCACCAAAUCAAUGCAACUCGAUUGUUCUUUUACCGCGAUACCCUCUUGCUGGCGUUAUUGCUAGUGGCAUGGGCAAUAAGCAGUCAUCUUUUAUGAGGUCUACCGCUCCGGACUACAUAAAUGUAGACGCCGACCAUGUGCUAUUCCCUCCAGAGAAGAAAGACGCAGUUAUGUUCAAACCAGGGACCACGGUCCCCGAGGUUUUGGAGCUGUGUGAGUGCCUUAACGCGGUGUCGCCCCUGCCGGACAUAUCUCAGUUUCCUGCUGCGUGGCUGCCAGUUUGGAAGGAAAAAUGGGCUGCACAGGUGUCAGUUCCUGUUAUGUUUUCCCUUGUGGAUAAUGACCCCUUUUUUGUUGCCGAUGAAGAGGAACUUGAGAUCUGUGUGCAGGCAUUCAAGAUGAGCGCACGGGUUGAUGGGAGCUUGGUCAGAGGCGCCCCUCAUUGCAUGGAAUUGAGUCAUUGGUCGCAGGGGUGGUAUGCUCGUUGUUUUGGGUUCGCGAUGGAAUGUUCCGCCAGUCUCGCUAGCUCAGCAGAGACUCGAUAGCAUGAAACCUCGCGCACCCGGUCGAACUACCUUCUCUGCCGGCUUUUUGGUGAGACAGGUCUUGCUUUUAAUGCUCUAAUGGACGGUUUCCCUUACCAAACCAACAAAAGUUUACACGGAGUACACGAGCAUGCAAUGCCUUAUGGAUUGGGUGCCUGAUAUUCCUGCGCCGAGGCCCCAUGGGCUGGUGGCAUUGG